AUGGCUACUCAAACUAACCUCGGAGCGGAUCUUGAACCUCCUUCAACUGAUUUGAUUACUCUCACAAGACACAUCUUGUCUAGACAAAGAGAUCUGGGUGCGGAAGCCAGUGGUGAUUUGACUUUGUUAUUGAUUGCUAUUCAAGUCACAUCCAAAUACAUCGCAUCAAAUGUACGAAAAGCGAGACUUAUCAACUUGGUCGGGUUAGCCGGAGUUGAAAACGUUCAAGGUGAAGACCAAAAGAAACUUGAUGUGUUAUCAAAUGAUAUCAUGGUAAACGCCCUUAGAGCUUCAGGCAAAUGUAGUGUCAUGGUUUCAGAAGAAGUUGAUGAUGCUAUCAUCGUCAAUGGGUCAAAAGGUACUUAUGCCUGUGUCUUCGACCCUCUUGAUGGUUCAUCAAAUAUCGAUGCGGGUGUAAAUGUCGGUACAAUCUUUGGUGUUUACAAAGUUGAGGACCCAUCGAACAAGUCAGUCAAAGACGUGUUGAAACCUGGUAAAGACUUAGUAGCUGCUGGUUACACCAUGUAUGGUUCGUCUUGUAACCUUGUGCUCUCCACUGGACAAGGUGUAGAUGGAUUCACUCUUGACGAGGCUCUUGGAGAAUUCAUCCUUACCCACCCAGACAUCCAAAUCCCCACCCGAGGUAAAAUCUACUCUUUCAACGAAGGAAACUCGUUACACUUCUAUGAACCCACCAACAAAUAUCUCGAAAGCAUCAAAUACCCCGCCAACGGCAAACCCUAUUCUGCAAGAUACAUCGGUUCAAUGGUUGCUGAUGUCCACCGAACAUUGCUUUACGGAGGUAUUUUCGGUUAUCCAGAUGACAAGAAGAGCAAAGAUGGUAAAUUGAGAAUGCUUUACGAGGCUUUCCCAAUGGCAUUCUUAACUGAGCAAGCAGGUGGUGUGGCCACUACUGGAACUCAAAGAAUCUUAGACGUCGUCCCCAAGAACAUUCACGGUAGAUGUCCAGUAUUCCUUGGAUCAAAAGAUGAUGUUGAGGAUUUGAAGAAGUUCUAUGAUGCUUACGAGGGUGAGAAGAGAUGGUAG